UCAUUCCCGCUAUAAAACAAACCAUCGUCUUGAAUUUGUUGAAUUGAUACAACAGACGUAAACAUUGAAUAAAAACCAUAUUAUUUCUAUUAAAGUCCAAUAAACAUAUAAAAAUGUAAUGGCAACUAAAUAAAAUGAAUUAAUUUCUUAAAUGUGUGCUGAAAAUUGAGAACAGAAAGUCGAUGUAAUUAUAUUUUUUUUUCAAAUUUAGCUUGCUUCAGUAUAUCAACAGUCUAGUAAAAAUUUUACAAUACAGUACAUGUGUGGCGCUGAGUUUCGCCCAGGACCUGCCGGUACAUAGUAGAAUAUAUAAAUUGCUAAAACCUCAUUUCAAAAAUGGAUUUUGAUUUGUUUGAACCGGAUGAAGAUGAUGACAUCUUGUCCGUCGUUAAUAUUGAGCCCACACAAAUCCCCAAUGAUUGUGGCGGUGUUACUGAGACCAUUCCUGAAUUCCAUUGCACGGGAGAGGACUCAAUGAAUUCUCAAUUCUCCAGUGAAAGUUUUGUUAAAAAUGUAUUUUUCCAAAGUUAUUCUAAUGCCCGAAAUAAAGCUAUUGAGGAGGCUACUUUAACGAAGUAUGAUUUUCAAAAGGCAAAUAUGAAUAGUGGAGCAGUGAAUACAUAUUUAUUCGGAGAAGCAUGCAUGAAUAUCCAAUAUAUGUUGGCAAGUUUACAAGGUGCUGUUGGGAACCAGAACGAACAAUCUUACUAUCUCAGAAGGCGCCACGUAACAAUGCUAUUACAUAUUGUCCUCCAAAGCACCCAUUCAGAGCAGUGGGAAUUUUUGCAACCGCACCUGUGUAGGCUUAGAGCUUUGCUCAACAAUUGCGUGCAAGUUGAUGUAUUGAAGAGUAUUUAUUUUGCCAACAGCUGCAAGGGCAACGAGUGUAAUAUUCCAGCAUAUCAUUUACUCCAUGGACUUUUGGAAUGGAAAUUUUUAGAUUUAUGUAUUUUACAAAAAUACGACUCAUCAAACCCGGAUAAUACUGAUGGUAUAGCUGAUGACGAGAAAAAGGAAACAACUUGCAAUGUUCUAAUCGAACAAAUUGAAAAUAUCUUUGACAUCCUCUUGACAUGUUCCAUAUAUCUAUUUGCAAAGAAACGUAGUCCGGAACUGUUAUUUACCUCUCCAUUUCCAUGUACUUGUAUCAAGGAAAUGUGGCUUCUAAUGCAAUUUGCCAUAGAAAAAUGGCAUUUGAAGUUUCCCGAUGGGGAGACAUUGACUUUCUGGAGUACAUUUAACAAGGCAAUGCAAAAAAUUAAGGGCAAUAUGGAAAAUCUUGGCUUGACCCCCCUUAGCUAUUGUGAAUUCUACAAUUGGAUACAAUACGCUCUCGUACGCCUACAUGGUUAUCGUUCCAAUGGCCAAUAUGAGGGUGCCAAUUACACCAGGGCAACUAAUGAAGAUGCCCAAAAUUAUGAGUUUUGUGAACGUAUAACUCAACAAUUUCUCAAUGCAAAUCCCAGCGAAGAGCAGCUACGCAUUUACAUUGGCAUACAAACGCCGAUUUUACUUGAAUGGUGGCCACCAAAAGUGAAUAUUGCAAUGGUGUUGUGGGAACAUUUUCACAAGAAAUUAAAUUCAUCUUUCUUCAUUGCUGGUUCGGCGCCAUCGAAUUUGGCUGUGGCCUGUGUCAGUGGUCGGGCCUAUGUGGAUAAAUAUCGUAACCUUUUGUCUAAACCCCCCGAUGCAAAUCUCAGCAGCUAUACAUUAUUUGUUUUACUAAUGGGCAAAACUUUGCAAAGAUUGUUAGCCGGUCAUGCCCAACAUCAGGCCCAGAAGUUAUUGGGCCGCAUUUACACCAAGUUUAGUGCCCAAAAGUUUUUGGCACUCAAUGAAACGGGCAUUCAUCAUUUGAUAGAACUUUUCCUGGUGUUGGCCUUGUGCGGAGAUUUCAACGAUCUGUCGGGAAAGCUAAAGGACAAACUUCUCUCCAUAGGCCUUGAUAAAAUAACUGGUCCCAAGCAAGUGGCUGUGACCAAGGGUCACAUGGCAUUGUGGAUACUGUAUGCUGAACAUCAAUACGACUUGACAGACUAUAUAACCAAGGUAUUACAACAAUUAUCCGCCAUACGCAACGAUUUGGCAGUGUCAAAAAUAAUUGCCGAUAGCCUGUUGGAUAUAUUUGACCACGCCGAUACCUUUCAACGCGGCGAAAGCCUGUUGGUGGGUUCCUGGAUACCGAAUUUUUUGAAUAAUUGUACACCAGUUGAGCAGGAACGUACAUUGGAAGCGCUGCACAUGAUGUUUGUAAAAAUACAUAAUUGUGAACAACAUUUUCUUGAAAUCAAUAAUGAUCUGAUGAGGGCGCUAAACACCUCAAUACUGCCAUUUAUCAAACAGCAAUAUGUAAAUAGUUUCAGUCACUGGCUGCCGAUUUUAGCUUCGGACUUUUGUGCCCAUUCCUUUGCUGUAACAGACACACAAAAUUUUCAAAAACUCUUCAGCUACUUUAGUGAACAACAAACCUCCAAUCGUUAUGCUGUCACACAAUUUGUACUACAUGUGCUGGAAUCCGAACGGAAAGCCUUGGUCGAUCACACAAUCAUCAUGCAGGUGUGGCUAAGAAGUCUUGUACUAUUGACGGCCAACAAUGAAGAUGUUUUAAAACUUUCGAAAAUUGUGGUAAAACUAUCAGAAUUUGCCUUUAUGACAAAUAUCAAGGAUGAAGAUGAUCUCUUGAAGGCAAAGGAACCAUUGUGUAUAUUCAUUGCUUCGGUGGGUAAAACAUAUGAUGCCACCACAGACCAUAGCAAACGAUCAACAAUUGCCAAUAACUUUAAUGCCUACAUCAGAAAUUUUGAAAAAUGGUUAAACAGCGAUUUGAAAUUGGAAAAAUCGGAAGUAACUUUUCGAUUUUAUAGUUUCAUUGCUAUUGUGAUAUUUAAUUGUCCCUCCAUUGUUUAUAGUAAAUCGAAAAUAACUUGUUUCUUUCAUGUGGCAUUUACACGUUACAUAUUACCCACCAGCAUACAAAUGGGUAAACCACCCGAGGGCAAGCUAGCUCAACUUGUACACAAAAUUUGGCCUGUCUUAGUGCAGGGUAUUGGUCGUUUAAAUUUCAAAUCGGAUCCCUAUAUUACAAAAACACUAAGCGAUUUAAUACAAAAAUGGACACCUCACUUUAAAAUCUCCACCAAUGCCAGACAGGUUGCAAGACCAUUUAUAAAUUGUCUACAAAGCGAUAACCAGGAUAUUUCCUUGUUUGUUUUUGAAAAGCUGACUGCCUUGUUUUUAUCUACCCAACGUCGACAGGCUGAUCCUAAUGCUUGUUUGGUAAUUACCAUUUAUCAGGAGGUGGUUGAUGCCAUUUCCAGCAACAAUGAGGAUGAUGAUGAAAAUGCCGUUAGACGUUUACAAACCUUUCUCAAGGGUUGCAGUUUUGCCACAUUGGAACACAUUAUGAUGGUAGAUGAAAUUGUACCUAGUCGUCCAUUGCUUUUGGAGCUGUUCAAGAGGAUUUUCAACAGUCCUGUUUAUCAAAAGUCAAUAGCUCUCAAGGAUUUGAUAAGGGAGCACCUGCGCCUGUUAACCAAGAAACAUCUAUCGUAUUAUACCUUUUUCUAUUUUGAGUUGCUGACAAAGCUAUGCUCAAUAUCCUACGAAGUUGUCGAAGAUAUUUUACCCUUUCUAAUGGAGGAAAUCCAAAUUGUUGAACAAAAGCGAGGCGCUGGCGAAGAUAAUCGAAUACGUGGCUGUUUGCAAAAACUUCAACAAAACAUUCGAUUGGCUAAGCAGAAAUAAGUUUAGGGAGGUGUUAAGGAAUUAAUUUUUGUGUGGGUGUUUGUUAAUGUUUUUAUAUUAAGAACAAUGUUAAUAAAAUAAGUUUUUUAUAUAAAAA